AUGCAUGUCAAUCGCUUACGUCGACUUUGCAGGCGAGGGUCACCUUCGUAUUGCUGCGGAAAAAUACUCGUUCCGUGUUUAGCUUUUUAUCUAGGUCACCUUUGCGCGGAGAGCAAUUCGAAAGUUGGAGUUCUGUCGUCAAGCCCCGAAAUACCGCUGAAUUCUUGCUCUAUAUGCCCUUCACUUGUGCGUGGAUCUAGCUUGAUGGUGAAUCAUUCUGACUUCUUCGGUCCUUUCGGCGGUGAUGCUACUUUAUACUCAUACCAAUCAUAUUUGUCACCCAAGUCCCUGGUCCUUGAAGUGGGUGGAUACACGGGUGUAGACAUAGUCGCGCUGCAGUCGUUGUAUGGCUCAUUCAGAACCCUAUUAUUCGAACCAGUAUAUCAUGAAGAGGCAAGGAAAAAUCUGGAAAGCAACAAGAAUAUUGAAAUAUUUCCCUUUGGAUUAGGCAACAGUAACCGAAAUGUGAGUUUUGAUGUACAAGGAGACUCGACUCAACAGUCUAAUACAGGGACACCCGCAGAAAUAAAGGAUUUCCGAGAAGUUGUGAAAUUUCUCGGCAUACAAAAAGCAGACCUCUUACAGAUCAAUUGCGAAGGUUGCGAAUGGGAAAUAAUGGAACUACUACUUUCUGGCAGUUUGGCAACGUACUUUUGCCACAUUCACGUUCAGUUUCAUAACAAUCUUGAGUGGGUAGAAAAUAAGCUUGAACGGUACGCCAAGAUUCAAGACGCACUCACGGUCACGCACGAGCUUGUGUACGAUCAGCCGUGGAUAUGGCAGCUCUGGCGCCAAAAGUCUUGCCAAGGCCUAAAUAAAUAUAGCUGUUAA